GGAUUAGUUUUUUUCCAAAAAAACGACAAUUUGUCAGCCAUUUUUUUUGACUCACGUAGUCCUCCAAAAAAGAUGGCGUCCACCUGACAGACGCUGAGUGGCGAAUGAGACGAGCUCACUAGUAAAUCCUUUAAUAAUUGGUUUCAUAAAUAAAUAAAAUCAAUAAAUCACUUGUGAGUGAAUUAGUGUGGAUCCUAGUUGAUAGAUAAUUAUCUACCUCAAGAAUGAGUAAUCUGUCACCCUUCGGUGGGGGGAAGAAUCCCCCCUGGGUCAGAAAUGCAGGCCAGGGAAUGCAGAACAUUCAGCAGCAAAUACUGGGCCAGGCUAUGGGUGGAAUGGGAGGACAACCAAUGGUCCAGUACCAACAGCAGACUCAACAAGUCUAUCAACAGGGCCUUGGGCUUCAGCAACCGAAUUUAACGAUGGCGUCCAUGAGCCAACUGGGGUCAAAUCUUCCCUCAGGAAUUGCUGGACAAUUGUACCCUCAAGUGGCAACAGUCUCCUACCCCACACCCAGAACCCUGAAUGCCAAUGCCUUUCAGCAACCUGUUGGUGGUGUUCAGCAGCAGGUCCAGCAGAAUGUUCAAUCCUCGAGUAAACAAAGGGUUUUCACAGGAACUGUUACGAAAGUUCAUGAUAACUUUGGAUUCGUUGAUGAAGACGUUUUUUUUCAAACUCAGGCAUGUGUGAAGGGCUCGAAUCCAGUGAUCGGUGACAGAGUCCUCGUAGAAGCCUCUUUCAACCCUUCAAUGCCAUUCAAGUGGAACGCAACUCGUAUCCAGGUCCUUCCAAUGACCGGAAACUCUCACUCGUCUUCAAGCUCUGUGAUCCCUCCAGCCAAUCAAAAUCCUCAACAAAAUCGUCAACCCCAAUCCGGUCGGCCCUCCACCACCUACAACGCUGUUCCACCCCCCAAUGACAAUCCUCAUAGCAAUAAAUUUUCGAGUAAUAAUUCAACCUCGACAAGUAAUCGAAAUAAACCAGCGAGAGUCAGGGAGAGAUCACGAGACAGGAGGAAUGAUGGUGAGGACAUCGAGAGGAAGCGGAGGAGGGAGGAGAGAAUCAGGGAAAGGGAGAAGAAGGAGGAGAGGAGUCCAUCCAAGACCAGGAGAAGCAAGUCACCAAGAUCCAGAAGACGAACACGUGUGGUACCUCGGUAUAUGGUACAGAUACCCAAGAUUGCUCUUGAUCUUCCUGAAGCUGAUGUUCUUGAGAUUAAGAGAAGGUACCAGAAUAUGUACAUUCCCAGUGACUUUUUCUCCACGAACUUCAGGUGGGUGGAUGCUUUUCCACCCCAUACACCCUUCACCUUGAAUAAACCAUGCAGCUUUCAUGUGAUGCACAAGGAUGUUGAUGGUGGGGUGGAGAUGUCUGCUGUGCUGGAGCCUCUUGAUGCUGAUUAUCUCUUCUCUGCGAAGGUGAUGCUCAUGUCGAUGCCAUCGAUGGAAGAAAUUUAUAAACGAUGUUGUGGAGUGACAGAGGAUCGAGAUCCUGACAGGGACUACGUUCAUCCAACACGACUGAUUAAUUUCCUGGUGGGUUUACGAGGGAAAAACGAGACGAUGGCCAUUGGGGGGCCUUGGAGUCCCUCUUUUGAUGGACCCAAUCCAGAGAGUGAUCCUUCAGUACUCAUCAGGACAGCUGUUAGAACCUGCAAAGCACUUACUGGAAUAGAUCUGUCUCACUGCACCCAAUGGUAUCGCUUCCUGGAGCUAUACUACAGACGUGCUGAGACUACUCACAAGUCGGGGAGAAUUGUAUCAUCGCGCGUUGAAUCGGUCAUACUAUUUCUCCCAGAUGUUUGGAGCUGUGUAUCAACAAAACUGGAGUGGGAUACACUUCAUGUGAGCUAUGCGAGACAACUGGAUAGGAAGAUGAUGGGCGCUGGGGGCGAUGGGGUGAUGGAUGUGGCUGGAGAUAAUGAUGAGGCUGUCGUCGCUGAGCAAAAGGAUGACAUAAAUCUGGAGAAGAAAGAUCCUGGACAUUAUUCAGAACUGGAUGGCAAGUCGAUGAAUCACGACGAAGAUGCAAAAAAAAAUUCAGAACGCGAACGAGCUCUUCUGGAGAAGCGUUACAUCCUUCCAGAGUCACCACACAUCAUUGUUCAUCCAUCACGUACAGCAAAGUCUGGUAAAUUUGAUUGUACCGUGAUGUCUCUGUCAGUUCUUCUUGAUUAUCGUCCAGAAGACACCAAAGAGCAUUCGUUCGAGGUCUCGCUAUUUGCUGAGCUCUUCAACGAAAUGCUGAUGCGUGACUUUGGAUUUAGAAUAUACCGAUCCCUCUGUGCACUUCCUGAAAAGUCAAAGGAUAAGGACGAGGAUCUGAAGAAGAAGAAGGAGGAGAAACCUCGUGAGGAGAAGAACGUUGAGGAGAAGAAACGAAAGGAGGAAGACGACAAAAAGUCGAAGAAGGACGUGAAGAAACGAGAGACGAGUAAGGAAAAGAUUAAAGAGGAGAAGGAGAAGACGAAGAGUGAUGAGAAGGAUCAGGAGGAUGAUGGGGAUGAGGACGACAGUGACGACGAUGAUUCGGUGAAGGAUGGAAAGAGGGACAGGGAUGGGAAGAAGAAGAAGACGAAGCUUUAUACCUUCGAUCCUGAUCUGCUACUGUCUUUCGUUUAUUUCGAUCAGACUCACUGCGGCUACAUCUUUGAUAAGGACAUCGAAGAGUUGAUAUACACAUUGGGAUUGAAUUUAUCUCGAGCCCAGGUGAAGAAGUUGGUGCAGAAAGUCGUCACGAGAGAUUCUCUUCACUACAGGAAAUUAACGGAUCGGCCUAAGGAUGAUGAAGACAAGGAGAAGCCGAAGGAUGAGACGGAGGUAGAGGAUGAGGUCCUUGAAGGAGAGGACGAAGCAGAAUUGAAGUCGUUGGCACUGGGGAACAAGAAACUUUUACCUGUUUUCGUCAGUGGGCAGGUGCCAUCGAAGAGAGCUAGGGGUGAUAAUCAAUUGGAAGGGGAUGGAUCCAUACCAGAUGGCUUCAUCAUGUUCAAAGGGAGUCUCCUGGAUGUGAAGAAGCUGGUGAGCCAGCUGAAGCGAAGUGAGAAGGCCAGGGUGGAUACUGAAGCGAGAAUGGGAGAGAUUCAACAUGAAUUGGCAAGUGCCACUGAUAAAGUCCAUAGACAGGCCACUGUCAUCAGGGACAUGGGGGAUGAUCUCAAGGGGUACAAGGACAAGCUGAGGAAUGUUGAAGAGAAACUCAAGAAGACGUCGUCUGAAUGCUACACUUAUUUGAGUGCAAUAAAGAACGUUUAUCAUACGACGUCGAAAGUGAUGCAGAAUGACAGUAAAAAAGUUGAAAUUGUUGAGAUUCAGGACGAAAAAUCAUCGAAUGAAGUUAAUGGAUCUCCUAAUGAAUUUAAAUCGAAGAGUGAUACGAGGUGGAGUGACACCAGGAGUUCAGUUAAAAAGGAACUCGAGGAUAAAGAUAAAAAAAUUGAUGGUAGAUCAUCUGUGAAGAAAGAACCAAUGGAUGUAGAUAAGGAGAAGAAAUAAUUACCUGAAGAAACGUUUUAUUUAUUUGUAUUGAGAAGCAUUACUGCCUUAGGAUGAAAACUUGAACUCUCUACGAAAAAAAAUAGUCUUUACAUUAAUUUUCUAACCCAAGAGGUUAGAAAAUAUUGAGCUAAUUAGGCUCCAUCAACGUUAAUGAGAGAAAAAUGUUAUAAGUGUUCACCAGAAUUUUUUUCAGUUUUUUUUUAUCUUCGACGUGAACAUAAAACUACAUUAACAAAUGUUCUGAUUGAAUAUAUUGUAAUAAUCACGCAAAUUAACUCGACUAAUUGAAUUUCGCAUGAACUUUGUCAUUGAAAGGACUCUGUACAUUCGAUUGAAAAGAAAAAAUUCAAAAAAUUAUUGAGCAACUGAA